UCAUAUGAUUUUACUACCGUCUGAUCUUCUGACAUCAAAAUCUUCAUCAUUUGUGCUACCUUUUGCCUUUUGCUCCCUCAUAAAAUCCCCUGCUUUUCCUACGUUCACCUUACUCUCAUUCUCUUCUCUCUUUCUCUCUCUAAGUUUCUUUCUAAGCUGCUAAACCAACAUCCAUGGCUGCUCUUCUUCUUCUUCUUCUUCUUCCCCUUUUAUUCACUCUUUCAAUUGUUAAUGCUCAAGACGCUUUUAUCGGAGUUAAUAUAGGAACCGACCUCUCCGACAUGCCUCACCCCACUCAAGUGGUAGCGCUUCUCAAAACGCAGCAUAUCAGACAUGUUCGGCUCUAUGAUGCUGACCGAGGAAUGCUCCUUGCCCUUGCCAAUACAGGUAUACAAGUUGCAAUCUCCGUUCCCAACGAUCAAAUCCUUGGAAUCGGACAAUCAAACUCCACAGCAGCCAAAUGGGUGGCACAAAAUGUGGUUGCUCAUUAUCCCGCUACUAACAUAACCACCAUUUGUGUUGGUUCCGAGGUUUUAACCUCCAUUCCGAAUGCUGCCCCAAUUCUCGUAACUGCGCUCAGGUUUAUCCAGUCAGCACUUGUAGCGUCUAAUCUUGAUAAACAGAUCAAAGUUUCCACACCCCUUUCUACUGCCGUCAUUCUAGACUCGUUCCCGCCUUCUCAGGCCUUCUUUAACCAUUCCUUAAACUCGGUUUUGGUACCGAUGCUCAAGUUCUUGCAAGCGACUGAUUCAUAUCUCAUGCUUAACGUGUAUCCUUACUACGAUUACAUGAAUUCUAACGGUGUCAUUCCCUUAGAUUAUGCACUCUUUCAACCUCUUUCAGCAAACAAAGAGGCCGUCGAUUCCAAUACCCUCCUCCAUUACACGAAUGUUUUUGACGCCAUGGUGGAUGCGGCUUACUUUGCCAUGGCCGAUCUGAAUUUCACCAACAUACCCAUUAUGGUGAUGGAGUCGGGUUGGCCAUCAAAGGGCGAUCCCAAUGAACCCGAUGCCACUCUUGAGAACGCGAAUACAUACAACAGCAAUCUCAUAAAACAUAUUCUCAACAAGACAGGAACACCGAAACACCCAGGAAUCGCUGUAAGUACUUACAUUUACGAGCUAUACAAUGAAGAUGCGAAGACAGGAUCGACAGCAGAGAAAAACUGGGGAUUAUUUGAGGCUGACGGGAAACCAGUUUACAUCUUGCAUUUAACCGAAUCAGGAUCUGUGCUGGCUAAUGAUACUACAAACCAGACUUUCUGUGUUGCAAAAGAUGGAGCUGAUCAGAGGAUGUUGCAAGCAGGAUUGGAUUGGGCCUGUGGGGCCGGUAAGGUUGAUUGUUCACCCUUGUUGCAGGGCGAGCCUUGCUACGAGCCUGAUAAUGUGUUCGCUCAUGCUACAUACGCUUUCAACGCUUAUUAUCAGCAGUCGGGGAAAACUCCUGGAUCAUGCUACUUCAGUGGUGUGGCGGAAAUCACCACCACCGAUCCAAGUCACGGGAAUUGCACAUAUCAAGCUACCGCGGGUUUGAAUGGUACCUUUGCCAACGCGACAGCACCAUCUAUGAGCUCGAUGAGCACAGGCUCGGCAGGAAGUAUAUUUUCGCAAAAUUCUUCGACACUACUAAUGAUUGGAAUUCUCGUUUGGAGUUUAAUCUUUUUACACGCUGCAAGAUUCGUGUAAAAGAGAAUUUCUUUCGAGUUAAAGAUAUUGCCCAUGAAGUAGUGGGAGUUGGAAGGGAGCAUCUCCUCGUUUCCCUGAUGAAUUAUCCCACAUCGAAGAAUUGUCGAAAACUGGAUUAGUGGGUUUUUAGUGCUUGCAUUCUUUUGUUGCUUCUAUUGGGAAAUUAUUUGGUUUAUAAUUGUUGUAGUUGGGCCAUAUUUUGGUUUUCUUCAACCUCCAUUAAAGUAGGUGUGAACGUUGGCCCCUGCAAUAUCAUUUUCUGUUAGAGGACAUUGAGUUGAGAAUGGCUAGGUAAUUGCUUGUAUUUUGUAUGGAAUGGUAAAAAAAAGCAAGAGAAAUUCACCCAAAUCCAUUGCAUUAGUGUAAAGGUCAUUAUUUUAAUACAUCUUCCGUUGUGUUAGAAAAAGAAUUUUAUUAAAGGUAAUUAAGACUCGAGCUGUUACAAUUAGA